AUGAUUUUUAAACUUUCAUGGCCUUUUUGUCUGAUGGGGAUCAUGUGUGCUGGUACACUGGCAUCAGGCCUGUUUGUCCAACAUCCAAGGUGCAGUGAAAUCUUGAAUGAAGGAACUGGGCAGGAAAAAAAUCUGCAAUUCUACUACAACCAGCCAUUGGGUUUUUGCGUCCCUUUCUUCUACAAAGGAGAGGGGGGCAACAACAACCGCUUCUCAUCUGAUAAGGACUGUCUGGCAUCAUGUUCCACUGGUUAUUUGAAGCUCUAUCCAGAAGGAGAUUCAGUGUGCACCUUAAAGAUGGACCAUGGCAGUUGUUAUGCCAACAUUGCCAUGUAUUACUAUGACAGCACUGAGAAAAACUGCCGGAUGUUCCUUUACGGUGGCUGCCAAGGUAAUGGCAACCGUUUUGAGACCAGAGAGGAGUGUCAAAAAAUGUGUCAAGCUAAGUCUGGAAGGAUGUUGGGAUCAGCUCCUAACCCUGAUGAGCAAACAGUGGAUGUGGGUUUAAUUGUGGGCAUUCUGGGUGGCGUUGUUUUUGCAGUAGCGGUAAUCGCAACGAUUGCACUUCUUGUAGUCCAAAGAAAGAGGAAGCAAACUGACAGGAAGAAAAUGCCAACAACGGAUGUUGAGUUGAGCUAAGAAAAUAAACGGUCAAAUUGCUGUGUUGUUUUUUGUUUGUUUUUUUAGGUGUUUUUUUGUUUGUUUUACAGUUUUUAUUAUUUCUGAUCUGUAAU